AUGCCGCAACAUUAUGGCCAGCCUAGCUGCUUCGAUAAAGUUAAAUUUGGUGUCAUGAUAGGUUUUGCUGUUGGAAUGAGUUCUGGAGCAUUAUUUGGAACUUAUUCUGCUUUUAGAAUGGGACUUCGAGGAAGAGAGCUAUUGUCGACCGUCGGAAAGAUCAUGCUACAAGGUGGUGGCACUUUUGGUGUCUUUAUGGGAAUUGGGUCUGCAAUACGCUGCUAA